AUGUUGGAGGGGGGAAUUCCAGUCAACCUGACCUUGUGUGCGGAACUGAGCAUCUUAAGUAUUGGAGAAAACCGCCUUACUGGCAAAAUUUCUUCAGAGAUUGGGUCAUUGAGGAAGCUUGCAUUUCUCAAUCUACAGAAAAACAAUAUGACAGGACCCAUCCCACCUUCCUUGGGGAAUCUUUCAUCACUCACUGUACUUGCCUUGGCAUCCAACAAUUUGGUGGGUAACAUUCCAGAGCUGUUAGGCCAAUCGAGAAGCUUAUCAUUUUUUGCAAUUAGUGACAAUAAUCUCUCUGGUAUGAUCCCUCCCUCUCUUUUUAACAUAUCAUCUAUGAACGCCUUCUCAAAUUCGUAUAAUAAGUUUAAGGGUAGUAUUUCGCCUGGUAUAGGCCUAAACAUGCCUAAUCUCCAAAUAAUGUCCCUCAGCGGAAAUGAAUUCUCUGGACAAAUCCCAGCUUCACUUUCCAAUGCUUCUCAGCUUCAAAAGCUUAAUUUUGGGUCUAAUAAUUUUGUUGGCCAACUUCCCGCAAGUUUUGGAAAUUUUCCUAAUCUCCAGCUGCUCAACUUCGAGUCAAAUAAUCUAGGAACUAAUUCAUCAAAUGAUUUGGGAUUUAUAUCAUUCUUGACAAAUUGCAGCAAUCUGGAGAUGGUUUCUUUGAGUAAUAACAGUUUUGGAGGUGUUUUGCCGAACUCUAUAGCCAAUUUCUCAACCCAACUAACUCGACUCUACCUUGGGGGCAAUCAAAUAACGGAAAUGAUUCCUAAAACAUUAGGAAAUCUGAACAAUUUAAUACUCCUGACCCUGGAAGAAAACUUGUUCACUGGUAUCAUUCCAGCUUCUUUGGGGAAGUUACAAAAGCUGCAAAAAUUAUAUUUAAAUUCCAAUAGAUUAUCUGGACGGAUCCCAUCUUCCCUAGGAAACCUCACCCAAUUGUUUGAACUCUACUUAUCAGCAAAUGAAUUAGAAGGAAGCAUUCCUCCAAAUAUUGGUAACUGCAAAAUCUGCAGGUGA